UGGGAAUGGCAUGAUUUGAACAGAACAACAGAACCACAUCCACAACAAACAACCCCGUCACCCAUCAUGGCCGAGCACCCGUCUUUCACUCUUGCGGCCCUGCUGCCUGCCGGCGGCAUCGCCGGAUACAUGCGCACUGGCUCUACCCCCUCCUUGAUCGCGGGGGUAGGAUUGGGAUUAUCUUAUGGGUUCGCCGGCUACUUGAUCAAGGAGAACAAGGAUUACGGCACGGAACUUGCCCUGGGAAAUAGCAUCGUCCUGCUGGGCUCGGCGAUCCCUAGAAUCGUCAAGACCAAGGCCAGGGCCCCCAUGCCCCUGGUCCUCGGUGCCGCCGGUCUGUUGGCGUCUUUCUACUACCAGAAGAAGGUCCGCGAGUUCAGAUUCGGUGUUUAGUUCUACGUGUGCUUGUUGCGCUGAUGGAGAUCCGUGGUUGCACCUAUGUAUUUGGCGGCCCAUGUAACUUGUAUUGAAAAUGUUAUGCUGUAAGUUAGUUGGUGGGAUAUUGAGUCGGGGCUUACGAUUAGGAUCGGCUUGACGCCGUGAUCGAAUCAAAUCUCGUCCUCGAAUGAAUGAAUCUAUCUAUGCUCCCGG